AUGUGGCAGCGCUCCAAUCAUGAUGUCCUCUGCAUUGACCUCCAGAGUGCGCACAGUCUGCCCCGUCCGAGCAUGCUUCGCCUUGACAGCAAACUUUGUGAUGAGGCCAUUAAUGCGAUGUGGCAGGAACCACGUAACUACGACGAAGAGCAGUUCACCAUGGCUACCGGGGGCACAUGGCUACUCCAGUGCUGGGGUCCUGAGGAGAGUGGUGCUGAGGGCAACAAUGCCCGGGAACAGCAGUUUGAAUCAGGGAGAGACCAGGUGCACAGCUCACAGAUGAUUCUGAGCAAAGUGGUGUGGGGACGGCGCUGCAGUCUGGUUCGACGGCCACCACCGAUCCAUUCUCCAUACACUUGUAGAGACAGCAACCACGAGCAGAGCCAUUCCACACCUCGCCCGGGCCUCGGGGGUUACCUUCAUUGUCUGUACACACUGGAUAUGCCAGAACCACAAGGUGGGGCUGCGGUGGUCGUUGCUGCCGUUUCUGGUAGAGGCGUAGUGGGGGAUUUGGUGGUGGGUUCUGGUACCGUGGAGGUGGGAGCAGUUGUAAUGACAUUGGUAGGAGAUGCCAAAGGUGGUGAAGGGGACAUCUCUGGGGAUGGUGUGAUAACGGUUGUGAAUGUAUCUGUGGAGGACAUUAUGGUGGAAGCAGUAGUAGUAAGAGAUGGAGAAGACGUGGAGGGGACUGUAGUAGGUGCGGUGGAGGGUGAAGUUGCCACUGUGGUCGUUUCGGUCGUGCUCAGAGUGGUGGUUUCUGGAGGGGUGGAAGGAGUGGAAGUAGUAAAAACUAUAGUGGUUGGAGGAGUUGUGGAUGGAAUUGUUGUGACAAACUCAGUUGUUAAAGUUGUGCUGGGAGGAGUGGAAGUGGUGGGUGUCGUAGUUGUGGGUGCAACAGUGGUUGAGGAGGUAGUUGUUUUCCUAGUGGUGGUAGUGGUUGUAGUUGUAGAGCUUGUGGUUGUCAUGGAAGUUGUAGUAGGGCUGGUCGUAGUUGCUGGUGGAGCUGUAACAGUUCUGUUGGACCAUGUGACAUAUGCAAAUGGUGUUGGAGUUGGUGGAAGUAAUACACCUGGAAAAGAAGGUUCCACAAAGGCCCAGUGUCUGUCCAUGCCACUGGCUGUCCAGCUGUACAUAGACCCGCCCGCCACUACUAUCAUAAUGCAUCUUCAGACCAAUCCCUGUCUUCAGCUGUGUAAACACAGAGGUAGACACCUGAGCCUCCGUCCCAGGCCAGAGAGAAGCCGAACGCACUCUUCACGAGAAGACUCCGAAAGGAAAGCCCACCGACAGGUUAACGACACAUCUCCACCGUCCCGGGAGGAAAGGACUGAGGAUGUCUGGGUAACCCUCCACCCUCCACCCCCCACUCCUGUCACAGCAACAUGCCCAGGCUGCCUGCCCACAGUGCCACAUUUCACAUAUCAGCUAUCGUCCCUCCACUCUUGCAGAGACUGGCUGAAGUCCACGCCGCUCAUGGGAAUCUUCACAGCACCGAUGGCAUCGUGUUUUGAGAAACGGUCAAAGUCGUACACGGUCAUCACCAGCGUCUUCCCACCCAGCUCAGUGGAGCAGCUCUGUUUCUUUGUCUACAUCAUCUUUGAGGGGCUGCACACAGACAUAAAUCCCAUGCAGUCUUCAGACAUCCAGAACAGCGCAGGUCUCAUGGGAGAUGCGGUCCUUAUGCCUGACGCCCCACCUCUCGAGACCUCUGUCCCAUCCCUACAGGGUGCUGUCAUGCCUCCGUUGGAACGUCUCCACCUCAAACAUGUCCUACAGACAGUGUGUGCCCUAGAAGCGGUCAUCCUUCGCAGUUUCGGCCCUGAAGGAGGACAGGUGCUGUUCACCCGAGACACGGGACAGGCAAUGCUGAGCCGCUGUGGGACCACCAUUCUCACAGCGCUGCAUCUGGAACAUCCUCUGGCCAAGGUGGUGGUGGAUUGUGUCUGGAAACACAGCACAGCAACAGGCGAUGGAUCCAAGACCUUUAUUCUAUUUCUGGCAUCAUUACUGCGAAUGAUUCAUAAAACAGCUUGCACGAACCUUCAUGUCUCUCACUGUUAUGGAUCUACUGACGCAGCGGAGGCUGCUUCUGCCAGGCAUCUAGCAGAAAAACUGCUUGCAUUUGCAUCGACGGAUUUGAAUGAUCUCAUUGUUGUGGAUGUGGUGCCAUAUGGGUUCUGUGUUUCACUGGAGGAGUUGAGCGGAGAAACACAAUCACUAAGUCACACAAGUUGUCGCUCCAUUCAAACACUUCUGUCAUCCUUUUUUCAUACUCGUCUUAGUCACGUGCACUGUGACUUUAUCAGUGACCUCACAUGUGAACUUCUCCAUCACUGGAAGUUUAAAAAUGAGCAGCCUUCCUUCUCGCUUCAGUUUUUGAAUGACAACUUUCCAGCGCUGCACACAACGGUGUCAGGCUUACCUGUCAAAUCUUCCCGUGUGAUUUUGGGGCAGAUUCUUCACAGAGACUUUUCCACUCCGUGCCCUCAAACCAGCAAUCAGCCUGUCAGAGCUGUAGUUUUCACAGGCUUCUUGCAGCCAAAACUACUUUACCCAGGAGACGUACUUGAGGUGGGCUGUGGAGAAGGAAUGAUGGAGGAGAGAAGUAUUGUGCACUUUAGUGCCUGGGCAGAAAGGUCACUAGAGUGCAUUUUUGCAAAGCUAAAGAGUUUUGAGGUGUCUGUGCUUCUGUCUGCAGUGAAACAGUCUCCUGCUGUCCUGGCUUUAGCCACACAAGCAGAGAUGUGUCUUGUGGAGUGUGUCAGUGAAGAGGAACUUGUUCUCUUUGCCCAACUAAGUGGGACCACACCUGUCUUGGACUGCUGGAAGAUUAAUCUCGAGCAUGUUGCAACUCUGAACUUUUGCCGACCAAUACUGCUGGGGGCCCACAGGUGUGUCCAUGUAACUUUCUUUGAUUCAGAGAACAAAGCCACUGUUAAACCCUGCAAUCUUGUAAUAUGCGCCCCUGGGGAAGGACAAACUGACCAGUAUGCACGUGCAUUUCAAGAUGCCAUUCAUAUGCUACUUUCAACAUGGACACCCAUGCAGAUGACUGACAGCACCACAUGUGGAUCCUCUUGUAUGAACCCCCCCCAGAAGCAAGUAAUAGAACCAGGCUGUGUGAUUCCCGCUGGUGGGACCUUUGAGUUUCUCUUGCACCAUGCCCUCUUACAACACAGUCAUUCAGUUUCUGAUGACAAAAGCAUAGGUAACUCUGUUUACCAGCUUCUGGCAAAAGCUCUCUUGAGCGUGCCCCGACAGAUUUACUCUCAUAACCCCCGACUUUUCCUGCAGACGCAAACUAGGGUCAUGAGUUUUCUUCCAAGUCGUUCCCAGCAUUUGAGCUUUGUACUUAAACAGGCAAAUAAUGCAGACUCCAUUCAGGCUGAAAGUCCUCUGGAGGACUGUAAACCUAACUUGCAUUGUUGUGGAGAGUUUGACACGCCACCCAAAGAUUUUCUGUCAGACCUGGGUCUUGAAUCUGUGUCCUGUAAAUAUCAGCUGCUUCUGGCUGUGCUUCAGUGUGCCACAAAUCUCCUUCGGUUGGACAUGGUGCUUUGUACAAAAACGGCCUUAGACAAACAAUCACACAGACUCAAAAAAACUUCCUGGGAGGGAUCAGAGGACGAGGUGGAGGAGGAUCAGACAGAUACGAGAUGCCAUGAGGCCAGCAUGUGUCUGGUGCAGAAAAACCAGGGUCAGACAGGAUUUAAGGCUUUAAGGUUGGGAGUAGAUGGGAAUUACACAAAAGCAGAAAUGCAG